CCGGACAGCCUCCAAAGCACACUGAAACUUAUUUCCCCCUUCGGAAACUGUACCACUGGGUGUUUUGCGCCGAUACCAUGCAGUCUAUUCUCCAAUACCGACGCCUGAAAAAAGAUAUCGGCAACCGAUUGAAGCACGAUAAUGAUGCUGAAGCAGAAAAAAGAAACUCGGGCUCGAGCGCCAGGACGCCGACAACCUCUGACGACGAUUCGAAAGACAUUGUUCUACGCAAUGGCGAAAGAGUAAAUCUCCCAGGCGUUCGAAAACACAAUCAUGAUGGCAAAGAUGUUUUUCUGGUGGAUUUUGGUGGCUCCGACGAUCAACUGAAUCCGAAGAAAUGGCCCCACCCCCGAAAGUACAUCACAGUGGCCAUUGUCGGCAUGACGGGGUUCUUGGUGGGAUGGGUAUCUUCUAUCGACUCAGCUGUGGUACAACAAGCUCGCAUGGAAUUCGGAGUGAGCGAAGUGGCCGAGUCACUAGCGACGGGACUUUACUUGAUUGCCUUCGGAGUAGGUUCUUUGAUCGCUGCACCUCUGUCAGAGACAGUAGGACGCAACCCAGUCUAUCUCGCCACAUUAUCGCUACUCAUGAUCUUCAUCAUGGCAUCUGGUCUUGCUCCAAAUAUCGGUGCUCAGCUCGCAUUUCGCUUCAUCGCCGGUCUUUUCGGAUGUACACCCCUCACGACAUUUGGCGGCAGCAUGGCAGAUAUGUUCUACCCCAUGCAACGGACCUACAUAUUUCCCAUCUGCUGCUCGUUGUCUUUCCUUGGACCAUUCUUAGCUCCUAUGGUUGGAGCAUUCAUCGGUCAGAGUUCACAUAUCAGUUGGCGCUGGACGGAAUGGGUAUCCUUGAUUCUCGCAGGCCUCAUCACAGGCGCAAUCUUCCUCUUCGUACCCGAAACGUAUGCCCCCAUACUUCUCAAAUGGAAAGCCAAAAAUCUUCGUACCAUCACAGGAGAUGAUCGAUUCAUGGCCGAGGUCGAACUUUCCCAAGAGUCUUUCCCCAAACGUGUCCUGAUCAGCUGCCGUCGACCUUUCCGGAUGUUUUUCACCGAGAUCAUGGUCCUCCUGUUCACUAUGUAUUUGGUUAUCGUGUACAUUGUGUUAUUCGGCUUCCUGACUGGAUAUGAGUUUAUUUUCGGGGAUGUAUAUGAUUUGUCCCAGGGAUCAACAGGUCUGGCUUUCAUCGGUAUGAACGUUGGUUUCCUUAUCGCAUCUGCCAUUGUACCCUACAUCUACGUCAAAUACAAACGUGCCAGUGAAAAAGUAGACGGAGACGUGGCACCCGAAGACAGACUCUGGUACGCCAUGUAUGGAGCUCCUUGGCUUCCCAUCUCUCUGUUUUGGAUGGCUUGGACAGACUACGCUUCAGUCUCGUAUUGGUCUCCCUUGGUCGCUUCUGUGACAUUCGGGUUCUCUGUCCAAGCAAUUUUCAUCUCGACCUAUCAAUACCUGAUUGAUUCGUAUGAGGAGUAUGCCGCGAGCGCACUUGUUAGCGCUACUUUCAUGCGUUAUUUGGCUGCUGGAGUCAUGGUCGUAGUGUCGAUUCCAAUGUAUAAGAAUCUUGGCGUUCAUUGGUCUCUUACUUUGUUGGGCUGCAUUUCUAUGUUAUUAACACCAGUGCCGUAUGUGUUUUACAAGUACGGUAACGUUAUCAGGGAGCGGCAAAAGGGUUAAAAAAAAGCUAUUCGAGUUGAAUGUUGGAGGGAAUGCAGGCUUUAGAGAAUGAAUACAGAAUCGCCCUGAACUUUUCUAGCUACAAAGUUGAGAGGAGAAUGUAAAGAGCGGUACAAAAGCUAUAGAUAUUUUCUGAAUUCAUGCACGGUAACGUUAUUGUGGGAAUUUAUCGCUUUACCAGAUUGCCAGCCUCAAUGUUAGUCUUUUGUAUUACAUGUAGAAAGAUCAACAAGCUCGUCGGACUUUGUCAGAUGCGUUCGUUUAGUGUAUUAUAACACUCUGUUGUAC